AUGGAGGCCUCCGGGCCUUCCCGCGAGCGGGCCGAGGCCCCCCCCCGCCUGCCCGCCCUGCCCCCCGCCGCUGCUGCCGCUGCUGCCGCUGCUGCCGCUGCCCCGCGGCCUGCUGCCCGCCUCGCCCUCGGCCAGGACCCCUCCUCACAACAGCAUCCUCCUCAGCAACAGCAUCCUCCUCAGCAACAGCAUCCUCCUCCUCAGCAUCCUCUCCCUCCCCCGCGGCCGGGCAGCCAGCUCAGCCUGGUGGAGCGUCCGGUGGCCGGGCCGGGCGGGGGGCACUCCCCGGGGUCGGCGGGCACCGGCCCCCGGCCCCGCCAGCCCAGCCCCCUGGCCCACCGGCGGGACAGCAACCCCUUCACGGAGAUCGCCAUGAGCUCCUGUAAGUACAGCGGAGGGGGCAUGAAGCCCCUCACCCGGCUCAGCGCUUCUCGCAGGAACCUGGCGGACGGGGGGGGCGGCGGCGGCGGCGGCGGCGGCCGGCCCGGAUGAGGAGGGGGCCCGAGGACCCCCGCCUCCGGAGAUCGUCAUCACCCCCCGCCCGACCCUGCUGCUGCCCCCGGCCGCCGCCUCCUCCUCCUCCUCCUCCGCCGCCUCCGCCUCCUCCACGACGCCCUCCGGCCUCCAGAACCACCACCCGGCCGGCGGCGGGGG